ACUGACUUGUGCGUUAGCGUUCCCAGUUGGAGCGCUUGGCCUGACAUGGAGUAGAGAGGCCAGGCUGGCCUAACGCAGGAAUUCCAAUCCCAAGGCUCCAGAAUGCGCAGUUUGCAUUUGGGAAAUUGUAUUUAACUCGAGACGGGGUCUCCCUGUGUUGCCUGAGCUGCCAACCGCAAGCCAUCCUUCCGCCUUGGCCUCCCCAGUCACUGGGACUACAGAUUUGGGUGAUUUGUGUGAUUUGUGAAAUGAAAGUGAAGACAGAAGGACACAUGAAUAAAAACAGAAUUGGGAUGAUAACAACAAACCAGACAAUAAGAAAAGAGGAAAACAAUCUUAAUUUAAACAAAGAUAAUACGUCAAGACAAAUUAAGGUUCACCAGCAGCAGCAAUCCUGGGCAUCUUCUCCGCUGGACCAUCUGGCACGUGCCCGUGGGAUCAACGCAGAGCGCUCUUUAAUGUCCAGCUGUAUGUAGAAAAACCAGCAGAGCCCUUGGGGGAAUGGGAAAAGACACUGGAAAUUCACAAGUGCGCUGGCUUGUCAUAUGAAGGUUCAGCCGAGAAAACGGAAGUACGUCAAAGUAAAAACUACAUUUCCCAGGAGGCAGCGCGAGACGUCACAGCGGUGAGACCGCGCGUGCGUAAAAGGGUCCUCCGCGCUCGGCUACGCUCUUAAAAGAGAAAAAAGCGCGUAGGUUUCUCGACGUGCCGCGAAGCUUCGAACCCAAGUGCGUGAACAUCCAGAGACUCUGAAAAAAGCGUUCGAGGGACGCGCCUGCUCCCGCCGUUGCAAUUUCCAGCGAGACGAGCUUGUUUUGUCCGAAGCGCGGUGUCCUUCAUAGACCAUGGCCCUUGUGUCUGCUGAUUCCCGCAUUGCAGAACUUCUCACAGAGCUCCAUCAGCUGAUUAAACAAACCCAGGAAGAGCGUUCUCGGAGCGAACACAACCUAGUGAACAUUCAGAAGACCCACGAGCGGAUGCAGACAGAAAACAAGAUUUCUCCCUAUUACCGGACGAAGCUGCGUGGCCUCUAUACAACAGCCAAGGCUGAUGCAGAGGCAGAGUGCAACAUCCUUCGGAAGGCCCUAGAUAAGAUUGCUGAAAUCAAGUCUCUGCUGGAAGAGAGGCGGAUCGCGGCCAAGAUCGCAGGCCUGUACAAUGACUCGGAGCCGCCCCGGAAGACCAUGCGCAGGGGGGUGCUGAUGACCCUGCUGCAGCAGUCGGCGAUGACCCUGCCCCUGUGGAUCGGGAAGCCUGGUGACAAGCCCCCACCCCUCUGUGGGGCCAUUCCAGCCUCAGGGGACUAUGUGGCCAAACCUGGAGACAAAGUGGCUGCCCGGGUAAAGGCUGUGGACGGGGACGAGCAGUGGAUCCUGGCUGAGGUGGUCAGUUACAGCCAUGCCACCAACAAGUAUGAGGUAGAUGACAUUGAUGAAGAAGGCAAAGAGAGACACACCCUGAGCCGGCGGCGGAUCAUCCCACUGCCCCAGUGGAAGGCCAACCCUGAAACAGACCCGGAGGCCUUAUUCCAGAAGGAGCAGCUUGUGCUGGCCCUGUACCCCCAGACCACUUGCUUCUACCGUGCGCUGAUCCACGCGCCCCCACAACGGCCCCAGGACGACUACUCCGUCCUGUUUGAAGACACCUCCUACGCAGAUGGUUACUCCCCUCCCCUCAAUGUGGCCCAGAGGUACGUGGUGGCUUGUAAGGAGCCUAAGAAAAAGUGAAGCUGGCUGGCAGACUCCCACCACCCUCACGGGGAAAUCAACAAAGGUGUUCUGUGAUCAAAUAAAUACUUUUCCCCCUGG